AUGUGAUCUUGGUUGAUAAAUGUGUAAGCACUGAGCUGUACUAGCUUGAUACACACACAGGUUACAAAGUGCAAUCAAAUUAGUCUGAUAUCGUCUGCAUGCUCUUAGAAACUAUAAAAGCUCCAAGCCCUUGCCGCAUUAUGUGAUUCUUUCCAUCAUGGCGCUGCACUGGACCAUAGUACAUGCUGUGAUUUGGACUAUUCUGUAUUCGUUCACAAAAAACAUCAGAGUGUCAGCAUGUGCUAAGGUAAACAGUUCAUCGGAGGUGGUUCCUUUUGGCACAGCAGUCACCGCUUCCUGUUACAUUAAAGAAGAGUGUCAACUCCUGAUAAAACAGGAUUUUCUCAUCAAGUGGAAGAAAAAUAAACAUUUUAUGCCCAGUAGUAAAGCCAGUCAGAAGAAUGUAAAUGAAAUCCACAUAUCCAACUUCACUGACAAGGAAGCUGUGCUGGAAUGUUUUAUCUGUGACCAAGAUAACUGCAACGUGGUAGGCGGCGUGAAGAUCAGAACAGUGUAUCCUCCACCCACCCCACAGAACCUGACAUGCCAAUUAAAUCUUAAAGAUUUGACUCUAAUGUGUAAGUGGGACACUGGUAUAAAAACUUCAGACUUUCCAACAAACUACACCCUGUACACACAAAGCAGUGAUAUUCCAUUAAAAAUGCAUGUUCCACUACCAGAGGAGAAUUUCAUCAAGGUUCCACGUGGCUCCUUCCCUUUGUUAAAUGAGAUGCAAGUUUAUGUGGUAGCAACAAAUGCUUUUGGCCAGGCCACAUCUAACCUCCUAGUGUUGGAUCCUAUUAAAACAGCUAAGUUGGAUGCACCAGUGAUUCAAGGGGUUGGAGCACAAUCAUUUGGAUGCUUUGAGUACAAAUGGAGUCUCUCAUGUACUCAGAAGUGGAUACAAAAGCACUUACAUAUAGAGAUCAAAAUGAAACCAGUGAAUGAAAAGAUUUAUAACAAAGAACAGUUCACUCGUAGAUAUGAUAGCAAAGUUAAGGUGUGUGGUCUGCUUCAUGGCAUGAGCUAUGAAUCACAGAUGAGGGUACGGUACCACAAGAGCAGCCCAUGGAGUGAGUGGAGCAAUGCUACAGUGGCUACUACACCCAUGAAAGCUCCCACCGGCCGCCUAGUCACAUGGCUGAAGCUACCGAGGCCAGAAAUAAGGAAUCAGGUGGCACAGCUGUUCUGGAAGCCAUCUUUGCAGUUCCGUGCCAACAGUAUGAAUGUGUCUUACAUCGUGUCACUUAUGGGAGAGUUUACAAAGAAGAAAGAAACUGCAUGUGUCACAGUUAAGCAAUACUGCUCUUUCCAGAUUCAUGCAAAGGUCAGGAAGAUCUACCUGACAGCCAUGAAUGAAGCAGGGAAAUCCAACCCUACUGAAGUAUCAGUGUACAGACGAAGAGGAAUGGACCCUGUCCCUUCUCUAAAAAUACUUCCACAAACUGAAGAGUCUUUGUUAGUCCAAUGGAAAAGCCCAGAUACCUCAGCCAUUAGUGAAUAUGUGCUGGAGUGGAAAGCACUAUGUGGGACAAACUCAAAUCAUGUCUCUUUUGAAAUUAUGGGAGGAAAUCAGACCAGCUUUGUAGUAUCAGGUCUUGAACCUUACAUACCUUAUGAAAUUUCAUUGUAUCCCAAGUAUGGCGGUGGUAUUGGUCGGCCCUACAGCACUAUGCAGUACACAAAAGAAAAAGCCCCCUCCAUAUCUCCAAAAUUGGAGAUUGGAAAGAUCACACCUACUUUAAUUGAAGUUUCCUGGAAUGAGAUCCCAUUGCAUCAGAGGAAUGGACUCAUUACUGGCUAUAGGAUUUUCUACAGUGAUGAAAAAAACAAUACGGGAGUUAUAGACGCUGUGAACACAACCACACACAUGGUGCUUAAAGAUCUCUAUCCUUUCACUAUCUACAAACUCUUCCUCAUGACAAGUACAAAUGGUGGCAGUGUGAAUGGGUCCACUACCACAGUGAAAACUGUGUCUAUUGAUGUCUUUGAGAUCUUUUUGAUUGUCAUUCCAGCAUGUGUUGGAUUGGUACUUUUGUCCUUUGCGUUAUUUGCCUGUUUUGGCAAACAAAAGUGGAUGAAGAAGUAUUUGUGGCCAGUGAUUCCAGACCCUGCCAACAGCAAUAUUAAAAAGUGGACUGCAGCUGAUUCUUUGGAAUUCACGCCGCCCUUUAAAGAGGUCAAGGAUCCUGUGCUGAUGUAUCUCUCCCAUGUAAGUCUUCUAAGCCUGCCUGAGAAAGAGUUAUUGAAAGGAGACAAGAACAUCAAGAGUGGCAAUUGGUCGUAUAAUGGGAAAAGUGUUGAUGCAGGCCAUGAUGAUUCAUCCAAUGACUCGGAAACCUUUGACUCAGAGCAGCAGAGCGAGUCUGUGCCUUAUGCUACAGUUGUCUUUGCUGGGUCAUAUCGACACCAGCCUGUCCCUCCUCCAGUCUAUUUGCGCUCAGAGUCCACUCAACCUCUACUGGGGGAAGAGGAACCUUCUAGUCCUCGUUCAUAUGAGAAAAUGUCGAGCCAGUCCGAUCUCCAUGAUGUAGAUCACUUUUUAACAUUUCACAAGAAUUUACAUGCUGAUGAAGAAAAGGCUUCACUUUGGGGUGAUUUCCCUAUGCUCAGGUCUUUGGAAAUUAACACUAAGGCAUAAAAUUCAAUGUGUGCAUUAAUACACGGUGCAGUUAUUUAAAAAAAUGGUUAAAUGAUUUCUUGGUGGAUAACAAUCGUUUUUGUAUCAUCUUGCAGUACAUUUUGACCUUGUGAUCCUAUUCUUUAGCAGCUAAUAAUGUGAGGCAAACUAUUAAACUAUUAUAAUAUAGUUCCCCACUAUAUUAUGCACAAGGUAAUUAUUGUAAUAUGUGCAUUAGCAAAGUGUUAAGUACGAUUUGGUUAGAAAUCCAGAUUUCAGCAAAGACUGUCUGUCACAGCAUUGUCACAACUGUACAAGAUGUAUGUGAUUGACCAAUUAUUCAAUCUGUCCAUGCACUGAUCUAUAAAAUAUGAUAUAAUAAUUUAAUAAACCAAAUUAAUUUUGGGUGAAUCAUACAUUAGCCUGCCCACUGUGACAUGCUGUGAAAUGAAAGCAUAAUUUAAUUCAGGCAUUUUAUGACUUAGAGGUUAUAGUUGAUUGGGCUUGCGGUUACUCCGUGCUUCUAUAUUCUUGUGCAGCACUAUUUUGUCAGACUUUAUAUGAUAAAUCUCAACUAAAAUAUCCAAUUCAGCCAAUCUUGACAGUCAUUGGUGCCAAAUGGAUUGAGAGAUAGCAUAGUAACAUGUGCAGGUGUAAAAUAGUGCAUGUUAAUACUUAUUGUUAAUAAGUGGUUAAUGGCUCCGAAAAUAUUUAUCUGCUUGUCCUUCUAGGCUUAAGUGUUGUUUGACUCAUUACAUUUACUUUUACUCGUU